AUGGAAUUAUUGGACGCCCUCCCGUCUAUAUCGAGGCUCAGCAAGACAGUAACGAGAGUUCUAGGACAGAACCCCGGGAAGUUCACAUUGCAAGGCACAAAUACCUACCUCCUCGGUGAACGCAACCCCUACAUCCUCGUCGACACCGGAGAAGGCAAGGACACCUACGCACCUCUCUUGCAAGAAGCCCUCCUCGAUCCUGCUCGCGAGCACGACACCAGUGUCCCUCGCAUCUCCGACAUCGUCCUCACCCACCGGCACCACGACCAUACCAACGGCCUCCCCUCCAUACCCCUCCCCACCCCCAACACCGGUCUCUCCACCCUCCUCUCCUCGUUCACUCCCGACUCCUUCGCCCCCAGCCCGUCCGGCGCCCCCUUACACGACCUCGCCGACGGAGACACCCUCCCCGUGACUUCCUCCUCUCCCACCCCUGCCACUCUGCGCGUCCUGCACACCCCCGGCCACACGCCCGACUCGCUCUGCCUCUUCUACGCGCCCGACCGCGCGCUCUUCACCGCGGACACCGUGCUCGGCCAGGGCUCGUCCGUCUUCGAGGACCUCGGGCCGUACAUGCGCAGCCUCGCCGCGAUGACGUACACGCGGCUGUACCCCGGGCACGGCCCGGUGGUGGAGGACGGGCUGGUCAAGGUCGAGACGUACCUCAAGCACCGGGUCGAGCGCGAGGAGCAGAUCGUGCGCGUGCUGCAGGCUGAGGGAGAGAGAGAGGAGGGGCGGUCCGUCGAGGAGAUCGUGGCGACGAUCUAUGCGAGGUAUCCGAAGGACCUGUGGGGGCCUGCCGCGCAUAGUGUCGGGCUUCACCUCACCAAACUAUUGGAGGAUGGAAGGGUCGAGAAAGUGGGCGAGAAGUGGGUCGUGAUAGCCUAG